AGGUUAAUUCGGCUCAGCGACAGCUUGCCAGAGAUUGAGCGAUUUGCGAGCGGACAGUAGGGUAAAUUGAACAUUUCUCCACUCUUUGCUGUCGCUGAGAGAUCAUGUCUCCCAGAGUAGCUCCGCCCGCUGUUGCCGUGAUUCGCUGACUCAUUGGAAAUGGCCUUGAGACAAUAUCCCUGAACAGUUCGAGAGGGAAGGGCAGUGGACUUUCAGGGGAAGCCCUAUAGGUCAUCGAUUAAAUUAUAGUUGAUUAAUCGCGCCUGGAACACAUACAAUGUUCCAUUUCACACACGGAUUGAAGUAUUCGCUACGCAUACUAUCAUUUGGAAGAAAGCGUACAAUACAUCAACUGAUCAACAUGGAGAAACCUUGCGUAUUAAUCACCAGCUUCGGAUCACCUGGAGGCAUCUACAAACGCUUUGAACCAUGUUUUGAGAAGCACUUCACCAUAGUCCCAUACGAGACAUUUACGUCAGACCAGAAGAACCUUGCUGAUUGGGUCGAAGUAGUGUUUGUGUGGAGCGGUGCCCUGAAGGUGGACCGAGUCCUGAUGCGGUCUCUGCCCAAUCUGAAAGUGGUGGUCAAUGGCGGGGUGGGAGUGGAUCACCUGGACAUACCUAUGAUCAACAGCUUUGGAGUGAAGGUGUGCAACACCCCUCAUGUUGUAGACAAUGCUACCGCUGACAUCGGAAUGGGCCUGAUGCUGGCCUCGGCAAGGAACAUCAUUGAAGGGCACCACUAUUCCCUAACCCAUAACAACAAGGUCCUGCCAGAGAGCUUGUUGGGUGUGGACAUCAGCGGCGCUACCCUGGGCAUAAUCGGCAUGGGUAGAAUAGGCUACAAGGUGGCCAGAAGAGCCCAGGGAUUUGACAUGAAGAUCCUCUACCAUAAUAGAAGCCGCAAGAAGGAGGAAGAGGAGAAAGCAGUGGGUGCAACAUACUGUGCCAAGAUGGAGGACCUGCUACAGAAGUCAGACUUUGUGAUGUUAGUAGUGAACCUGAGUCCCGCGACCCAGAAACUGAUCGGUGCCAAAGAACUGGCAAUGAUGAAACCUACCAGUACUCUCAUCAACAUCUGUAGAGGCCACGUCAUAGACCAGGAUGCGUUGGUGGAUGCCCUCCAGAGACGAGUGAUUCGAGCUGCAGCCCUGGACGUCACCUACCCGGAGCCUCUGCCAAUGGGCCACCCCCUUGCUUCUCUUCCAAAUGUCAUCAUCCUACCCCACAUGGGGACACAUUCCAUCGAGACAACUCAAUUUAUUGUGGAGAAGAUGGUGACCAACGCCCUGGCAGUUUUAGGAGGGACCCAUCCUCCUGAUGAGGUCAAGGUUUAGGUCUAUUAAAGGUAUCUUUCCCUGUGGGCCCUGAUAAAAAAAUAGAAAAGCAACACUAGAAAAGCAACAGCUUGAUCAGUGAUUUGUCAGAACAUGCAGGGUGAUAACAUGAUGAGAUGAUGGUGUGAACUUAAUCCAUAAUGUCUUCUAUUGGUUGCUGUUGUAUCUAGACAAUGAAUGUAAAAUGUUUUGAAAUGUGGUAUUGACACAAAGCAGCAAUGUCCCUGAUCUGAGUCUUAACCAUUCACAUUAUUAGGAGCACCUGUAGUCACUGUACCCUACCAUCCUAGUUGGUGUUCAUUUACAUAACAGAUGUUGAAUAGAAAUAUAACAAAUUACUUUUCAGGGGUUAAUUGUGUACAGUUUUUCUUUGAGUACAAGAAAAUUAAUGGUAAUCCUACAUGUUGGAAAGUGAAUCAUAAUACACUGAACGUUUAAGGUUGAUUUUACUAACAAUGACAUUGGAUCAUAAAGGGUGGGAUCAUUAUGUACUGUAUUUCUUACUGCACAAUAAAUAUAGUGACAGCU